GGUCAGUUUCCUCAAGGCCGCUUUUCAAACUUGGUGAUUUCUCGAGGUUAGAAAUCACUGCCAUGCUAACACUAUCUAUUUAUUUCCUGUUUUAAGCUCAUGCAACUUGCACAAAGAAUGCAAUUCGUGGGUAGACCUCCUCCGGAUCCAUUCUUCAACUCUAUCAACGACAUCGACUCUACUGACGACAUGGCUGUGUUACUAACAGCAAUUACUUUUGCUCAGAUGUACACGGUGCUACAAAUAUUGAAAAAAGGUCGUCUGAAUAUUGAUUCUUACUCCAAAAUAAACGGACUGAACGCCCCCACACUGUGCUUCAAAAGACGGCCAGUUACAAAUUGUUAAGGUCCUUCUUAAUCAUGGCGCCUCAAUCAAUCUCCCUACUUCCAAUGAUGCAGUAGACUCAGGAUACUAUCCAUUUUAUUCGGAUUGUGUGACACCCUUUCACCUAGCAAUUGCGAGUGGACAUCUAGAUGUUGCCACAUUUCUAGAAGAGAAUGGAGCAGAUAUCAACAAACCUAGUGAAUCGGGGCUCACACCACUGCAUUCCGCUGUUAGACAGAGCAUCUACAUGAUCAAAUAUUUGCUCCAAUCCUCCAGGCAUCAUCAUUCAUUUUCUACUGCGACGCUUUCAGGGUGGACCGUGUUAAUGGAGGCAGCAGCAACCAGCACAUCCGAAGUAUUUAAGUUUAUUCUGCAGGCUUCAAGUUCGUCGAGUGUAUUGCUCCAAUUUAAAGAUGGGGUCAAUUGCCUCCACGCGGCCAUAAAUUCUCGGAUUUAUUCGUGUCAAAAAGUUGCGAUGCUCAAACAGUCAUGCAUAGAUCCAUGCAUACCAACAGCCAAAGGAUUUCUACCUUUGCAUUUGGCAGCUGAAUGUGAUUUUCACACAUUCCGCGAAACUCUCAACUUUUUUUUGACACCACACUCUCUGAAAUGUCGAGAUACUUCGACAUUCAGAGCCUUGACCAACCAUGCAUUCCUGCAGAGCUCCGAUGCUCGGUGGUCCAUUCUUGAUACGUGCACGAUGAACACAUGUUAAAUUGUCUCACCGGCUUCGGGCACUCGAUUUUACAUAUAGUAGUAAAAAAUCGCAAUGACCUUCCGUCCAAUGUCAUAAGGAUGCUAAGACUACUUCUAGCAUCCAGCCGAAAUUUGGACUUGGAAGUUCAAGAUAAAAAUGGUAAUUCAGCAUUGCUAGUGCUUUGCAACAUGUUACUCCGGAAAGGAACAAUAAAUUCGGACCCUUCUUGGCGGAGCUUCAAGGCUAGGGUGAUAAGGCUAUUACUGCGCCAUGGAGCCAUGGCCACUCAACAAGACGAACAAGGGAAUACGGCACUGCACUACCUUUGCAAAACGGAACAUUUCACACAAAUUGAGUUCAAUGUAUAUCAUGUUUGUUGGCAGUCAAAAAUUCGAAAGCAACCAAUAACGCCAAGCUGGACAUACCAGAAAGUUCCAAAUAUCGGAGUAAAUACGAUAGCUAUGACCACCAACAUGGUAAAAAUGAAUAUUAAUAUGGCCAUGAAGACGACAGUGACUGCAAUCAAAAAUUCAUGACAACAUUGGAUUUCCCAAACCAAAAGGUUCAUGCAGAAAAUGACACCAGUAAUUCUCUGGUAUUAGCCAACAAGAAAAAUAUGACUGAGUUACACAUAAUGUUUAACAAACUGGAAAUUCUUGAUGAUCCGGAGCUCCAACCAUUCGGCCCCAAAACUGUGCUUCUUUUAAUAUCCGCGGCUUCCAUAGAUCAGCUCAACAACACCUUAAUUGAUGGCCGCCGUCUGCUUCAUAUUACUCUUAGUCUCAAGCAAGAUCAACUCAGCCAAGCACUUCUUGAUCGAGGCAUUGACGCCAUCUCUCUUGAUGAGGGGAACCCCCCGCGAACAGCCCUUGAAAUGCUUUGUAUUUAUGGAUCACGCGAUAAAAAACUCAUCGGCAAAAUUCUUUCGAAUCAUGCAGAUAAAACCGCACUCAGUGCUCGUGGCUCUACCAUGCUUCAUUUAGCAUGUUUCAACAACCAGAUCAGCGUUCCUGAAGAAGUGCUUCUAGCGGGAUGGAAGGCAGAUAUCUUAAGUCGAGAUGGGCAGCCGCUGAUUUUAGCGGGCGUUCAGUCCGGAGAUACAAGAAUCGUCAGUUUGCUGCUGCAGUAUGGCUGUAUUUUGCUUGACCAAUAUAUAUCCCCUUCGAAUUUAGUGUUCUCGCUCGCUUAUGCGUCAAAUUCACUACUGUGUGAAUUUCUUCAUGAGCAUGGCAUCAAUGAUUGGCAUCAGAAAACUAAAUUGGAAUUCCGGGGUCAUUUCAUACCCGGGAUCAGCAUGAUGGAAAUAGACGAUUAUCCUGCACUUUCAUCAGGGACUAGGCAACAGUUUCUUACCGAGAUAGAAGAUGUGACGCCCCUGCAUAGCGCUUCCUAUCGCGGCACCAAAGAGAUUGUACAGUAUGCUCUGGAUAUUGGUAGUAAAUCAGAUCUCAAUCUUACUGCUAGCUUCGGCACAACUCCGCUGUUUUUGGCGAUUUAUGGCAUACAGCAUGACACCAUAGAGUUGCUUCUAUCAUAUAGUGCCACCACUAGCGAGCUCUACGGCCCGCGUAAAUUGACACCGUUGCAUCUUGCUGUUGUAGUUGGCAACGAACUAGUUGUUAAAUCUCUCCUUCAAUAUGGAGCCGACGCCCAAGCUCGUGAUGGUGCAGAAUUGACACCAUCUAUGAUUGCUUUGGAUCUUGUGUAUGAAAGUAUAGCAAAGAUUUUGGCUAUCACUCCAGCAAAACUUCGUGAGUCUCCGCUGUACUUGUCCUUUAUCGUCUUAGUCAGCUAGUUAUCUCUGUGGAUGAUGGCUACCACUUGGAGAUCAUGCCAAUUACUGAUAUUCCAUCCAUCUAGCACCAUCUGCGCCUGUUUGUUCAGAUAGCAAUAUAUUGGCCGGGGCGACUGAACCAGUGGGAGGUAAUAAGUAUGUAUCGGGCGCCAUUGAAGAUGCAUCAUUCGCCAGGACUUCUCGACUCUUAAAUAUUUACUUCAAAGUGGCUACAAGCUUGAAGGCUCUUAUUGCUGCGAAUGUAGUCCAUUACUUAAGGCAUUUGUAACAAACUCGCACAAAGAAAUCAUUCAUUAUCUACUGGAUAAUGGAGCAUCACUAGAUGGCGUAGUGACAUGCACUAAGCCCAUCGUCACGGCUAGAUUUACACCUCUCCACCAGGCUGCAAUGUUGGGAGACGAACAGAUUAUGGAAAAGAUUCUCAAAUUGGGGAAACCGACUACUCAUCAGAAAGUAUAUCCAUUGCAUAUCGCGGCUUAUAAUUGCCAUUUUGCUUGUGUCAGGUUACUUUUGAAUCAUGAUCUUGAAGGAAAAUGUGGUGUUGACGUGAAGACCAGUCUUGCCCAACCUCGAUGCCUCGCAGAGGCCCAAAUGGUGAUCAAGCAUAUAGGGGUCGUAAAGGGCAUUUGCGGAACAGCCCUGCAUUAUUAUUCAUGGGAAAAUCAUGUGAAUACUAUUAAGGAACUCCUAAGAGCUGGGGCAGAUCCAAAUACUCAAGAAAUGAAGGGGAAAACGCCACUGCAUAUCGCUGCGGAGAACGGUCAACAUCAAGCAUGUCAGGUACUAAUAUCUGCCGGGGCCAAUAUGAUGUCUCGCAACUCGGAAAAUCUCUGCCCAAUUCAUCUAGCAAUAUGGGGAAACACCGGCAGAUCGUGGAGGAUAUGAUAAACCAAGACGCUAGUAUCGAUAUUCUUUUAGAGGAUGGAGGUGACUUACUUCAUUAUGCUUGCUGCUUCGGGAAUACAGAGAUAGUAGAAAUCCUGAUUGCUGCUGGACUGAACAUCAAUUGGGCUGCGCUCGCUCCGAUGUGGGUGUAUAGUGAGUGGAAUUUUCUUUUCUAGUGGAGCUAAAUUAGAGGUCACAUCUAAAGAGAUUUCAGGAAUUUCACCCUUAAAGAUCCAUAAGAAGUGGUACCAAUCAUUCGUGGAAUGUGGUAAUUAUUCUAAUGAGCUAUUUGAUCACAAUCUGCGGGUAUUGAGCGGGGAGAGACUAAGGAAGAUGGAACUAUGGCUAUCAUAGGUACUUAUCCUUAUUCAUCUCAUGGACAAGUGCUAAUUAAAAACUAGGCUCACUGGUAAAAGCAACACAAGUUGACCCGUCAGAUCCCUCAAAAAUAAUGCUCACGAAAAAAGAAGCGAUAGCGAUUCCUUCAUAUUCACAUUUGCCGGGCACGAAACUACAGGCAACACCACCCAUUACAUGUCUCUCUUCCUAGCCAUUUACCAAGCUUCACAAGAGAAACUCCAGUCAACACUCGACAAAAUUCUCUCGAACCGAGCAUCUGAUUCCUGGAACUACGAGUGAGAUUUCCCGACUCUAUUCAACAGUUUCGUAGGAGCCAUCAUGAAUGAAACCCUAAGACUCAUGCCUCCCGCUAUUGAUAUCCCCAAAACAACACACGAAACACAACACCUGAACCUCGAUUCUUAAAUAGUCACAAUCUUAGCAAACACCUACAUCUAUUUCAACAUCGCAGGUGCGCAUCGCAAUCCCCAUUACUGGCCCUGUCAAAAAAGUAAAAUAAGUACCAAAACU